AUGAUGAUGUCGAAGUUGCCGAUGAUGCACCAGCCGAUCAUCUUGCUGAAGUCGGGGACGGAGGCGGCGUCUGGUACGCAGUUGAUUCUGUCGAACAUUCGUGCGUGCAAUUCGGUGGUGGAGACGGUGAAGACGACAUUAGGGCCCAUGGGGCAGGACAAGUUGAUUCAGACGGCGCAGAAGACGCAUAUAACGAAUGAUGGUGCGACUAUAAUGGAGUUGUUAUGUGUUGUUCAUCCAGCUGCGAAAAUUUUGGUGGAUAUUUCGCAGAGCCAGGAUGCUGAAAUUGGUGAUGGCACAACCUCAGUUGUGGUGUUAGCCGGCGAGUUGUUAAAUGAAGCCCGCCAGUUUAUUGAGGAUGGCGUCCAUCCACGAUUGAUAAUUGCAGGCUAUCAAAAGGCCUGUGCCAUGGCACUUGAACGUGUCCAACAGUUGGGCAUUGACCUCACCAAGUAUAGUGAUGAUGAAAUGAAAACCGUCGUAGAAAAAUGCGCAGAGACAUCAUUAAAUAGCAAGCUGCUAGCCGACCACAAACAGUUCUUCGGAUGCCUCAUAUACCGGGCAGUUAGUCGCCUCAGCAGCGCCAUGGGGACGGAGACUAGUUCGACGCUGUUGAAUAAGUCGAUGGUGGGCGUGAAGAAGGUCGCAGGUGGUAGUGUGACGGAUUCGUUUUGCGUCGAGGGAGUGGCAUUUGCCAAGUGCUUCUCAUACGCCGGUUUCGAGAAUGCUCCAAAAAGUUUCACCAACCCCAAGAUCUUGUUGCUCGACCUAGAACUUGAGUUGAAGGCGGAGAAAGAAAACGCGGAGAUUCGGGUAGAUAAUGCAUCCGAGUACCAGAAGAUGAUUGAUACGGAGUGGCAGAUGCUGCUUGAUCGGUUGCAGGCUAUGGUGGAUGCGGGUGCAAACAUAGUUUUAUCUCGACAGGCCAUUGGCGACAUUGCGACCCAGUAUUUCGCCGACCGGAGUGUGUUUUGUGCCGGUCGUGUGGAGGAAGGUGAUAUGAAACGUUUGGUCAAGGUAACAGGUGGACGAUUGUUGACGACCGUGACACAACUAGACCCCAAAGUAUUGGGUACGUGUGGCACCUUUGAGGAGCGCCAGAUCGGUAAGGAGCGUUACAAUGUGUUUGAGCAAUGUCCACGCGGCGGAGCUUCAACUAUCGUCCUUCGUGGUGGCGCGAACCAGUUCAUUGACGAGGCUGAACGCUCGUUGAACGACGCGCUCAUGACUUGCUGCCGCGCACUUCAGAGCCAGCACGCAGUUGGCGGUGGCGGUGCGGUGGAAAUGGAGGUAAGCGCCUACAUUCGCCAGACGGCGCGUGCUAUCAGCGGCAAACAACAACUCAUCUUCGAAGCCUUCGGACGCGCGUUCGAAGUCAUCCCCCGCGUUCUUGCACAAAAUUCUGGGCUAGACGCAGUUGACGUCGUCAACAAACUUAGACAGUUACACAACCGUAAAGACGAUUCCGGACGAUGGAUGGGCGUCGACUGCCUCGAACGCAGCGGAGACGUUGUCAUCGACUCCGUUGAAACCUUCGUCUGGGAACCAAUGAGCAUCAAAUUGAACUCUUAUGCCGCCGCCACCGAGGCUGCCUGCGCUGUGCUUUCUAUAGACGAAAUGGUCAAAAACCCCAAGUCCAACGCUGAACCCGUCGGCAAAGUCAACCGAGGACCCGGCCGCACCUAG